ACUAAAUCGAGUACAGCCAGUACACUGACACACACUGACAGUCGAGUGUGGCUCACCGCUGGUCGAGGGUCUGAGUACGUGUCCUUGAGCUUGUACAAGUUGUAGCUACGAUAGAUGGUAUUGGUAUCAAGAUGACUGAACAAAUGGCAAGAUCAGCUUUGUCAGUUAUUAAAUUUGCCUCGAGAAGAUUUACCGGGCUGUUGUCCCCGUUAUGCAGCAGAACACUUAAUUCUCGACGGUAUUGUACUUCGGCUCCACGACCUAUUGUUGCGGAGGCUUUAGAUGCAGUCACGCGACUGGAGCUGCAUGUGAAUCGCUGGCCGCACACUCUUGGUAUAUCUUACCUAUGGUUACGAGAUCAUUGCCGGUGUCCUGAAUGCUAUAAUUACAUAACUAAUCAGAGAAAAUUAGAUAUGCACAAAAUUCCCCUAAAUAUACGUCCAGCAUCUGUAAAGACCACUCAAAAAGUCCUUGAAAUUCAGUGGCCUGAUGGACACAAGUCUGAGUAUGAAUAUAAAUUCUUAUGGCAAAACACCUAUGAAGGUCGACAAACUUCUCAUAAAAAGUCUCGCCGCCUGUGGAAUGCUAACACAUUUCCAAAAGAAAAUCAGACUACAGUUCCACUAACAGACAUAAAGAAUCCAGAAAAGGAUGGGUUAAAGCGUCUCAUAUCGUCUAUUAUAACUCAUGGCUUUGGAUGUAUUUCAGGGGUUCCUCUGGAUAUGGAUGGAACUCAAGCAGUUGUGGAGGAAAUAUGCCCUGUAAAGCCUACCUUCUUUGGGUCUAUGUGGUCUUUCCAAGCAGAUUAUGAACGUGCAGAUACAGCAUACUCUGAUGAAUAUCUUGGUACCCAUACUGACACUACUUAUUUGUCAGAAGCAUGCAGAAUUCAAGUUUUCCAUUGCUUGGAGCAAGCAACUGAAGGAGGAGAAACCAUACUUGUUGAUGGGUUCAAUGUAGCGCAGCAGUUUCAUGAUCGUCAUCCUGAAGGAUAUGCCUUCCUUUCUAAGAAUGCAAUACCAUCUGAAUAUAUAGGGGAUGGCCAGCACAUGUACUGCCUCGACACAGUUUUCAAGCAUAAUCCAGCAACAGGAGACUUGAUACAAUUCAGGUACAACAUAUAUGACCGAGCACCUCUUGCAAGUGUUCCAGUGGCAAAAAUGCAGGAAUUUUAUUUACAUAUGAGAAAUCUUGGGAAAAUAGUACGAAAUUCUAGAAAUGAAUGUUGGUUGAAAUUACAGCCAGGUACACUUCUUCUUAUAGACAACUGGAGGGUGAUGCACGGCCGCAACAAGUAUUCAGGGCCUCGUAUUAUGGGUGGCUGUUACCUGGACAAUGAUGGUUUUACCAAUAAAGCCCGAACACUCGAGGUGCCGCUUGAUUAAUUAUUAAUCCCAUAGCAAAGAAAACCACUGAAGAUGUUGAAAUGGGUACUAACAUGAAAGUUACCAUGAUUCUGGUGGUGCAUCAUUUUAUUUUUUAAAGAAGUAAUAUUGUUUACUGAAUUUACACAUUCCUUUAUAGUAAUGGGCUCAUUACAAUUUCUCAAUAUGCAUUCAAAGUAUGUUAAGUUUUAGAAAAACAUUUUUUUUCUGUAACUUAAUCUUUAACAGUUAUAGGGCAGAUAUAUUUGUUUAAUGUUUAUGCUGUUAUUGUAUAUUUUCCACAUGAGUUGCUUGUAAUGUGUGCUUUUAAUUACCAUAUCUUGAGUGGCGUGCCAAUGCCAUAAGGUCUUAUUAUAAAGUAGGUGAGCAUUGCUACUUUAUGAUUGACAGUAUGCGCUGCAAAUUUUUACAACUUAUUAAACAACUGAUACUGAAAAUACAUGCUAUAGGAAAUCACAAAAUUUUAGCUCUUAAGUCUAGAAAUUUUUCAGUUGAAAAAAAUGUGUAAUUUUUCCUAAAUAAUAUAUGUAGAUGAAUAAAAGCCGCCAAAAAAUAGUUUUCCCUUGUGAAACUAAAAAUAUAGUGAUACUUCAUGCUGUGAAAGUUUCAUUGGAUUUUUUUUUCAAUAGUCACAAAACUUAAACAAUUAGAUGAAAAAAAAGUUGCUUUCAAAAAUAGUUUCCCCAUGUGAAACCAAAAAUAUAGUUAAACUACAUACUGUGAAAGUUUCAUCAAUUUUUUUUUAUAGCCAUGAAAAUUUGAUAAGUGGAAAACAUAUUUUUGCAGUAAAACUGUUCUUCACAUAAGAAAGGCCCCCUGAAACUUACAAAAUAAUUGGACAAAAAGAAAUUUACUUCCUGCUUGGUUUUUUUUAUGGGUGAUUGACAUUUGUGACAUAUCACCAAUGGAGAGUCUUGUCUUUUUUCUUUUCAAUUUUCAUAAUGCAUGUAGUCUUGAUAUAAUACAUUUCUUCUUUGCUCUUAUUACGACAGAAAAAAUUGUACUCAGAAAUGGACUAAAAGCCAAGCAUGACAACUCACAAAGUACACUAGUAGUAUGUCAUUAGGUGAUGUACUAAAGGAAAUGUUGCCAUAUACUUACAUCUAUUUUCAUUCUUGAAUAGACACCCUGUAAAGAUAUCCUGAAGAAAUAAAAACAUAAUAUUCA